CUGGAUUCCAGCAAGUUGCAUUCUCGUUAGCUGCUCGCGCCAAUAUGCUAACCAAGAGUAGUUGCGUUCGUAAACGAGUGCGCUGAUCCGGAAGGACUUUCGUUCGUUUAGGACGCGCUUCUUUUAUGGCUGGACUAGCAUAUGUAAGCUAAAGGAUCAGCGGUUACGGAAAGAUCAUCUGGUAAACCGUGCAUUAGCCACGUCCGAAAAACGAGCUAACAACUGGAUUUAACGCUAGCUGACUCGCUGACAGCGGCUUCGUCUAUUUAACUGUAACGUAGCUGAGAUUUCUUUGACACAGCAAUGAAACAUCUCUGACACUGAGAUUACUACUGAGCCCCUGUUGUUUGUCACAUCGGAGUUACCCCCUUGUUUGCCACUGAUUUGAAGAAGGUCGAAAGUCAGUUUGUGUCGUCCAUGCACGCUGGUUCUGAUCCACCAGAACUGCAAACAUGAUGCCGAUGAUAUUGACGGUGUACCUUAGCGAUGGGGAACAAGCCGCAACCGAGGUACCAAUCACACCUGAGACGACGUGUCGCGAUGUCGUCGAGUUCUGCAAAGAGCCCGGCGAGAACGGCUGCCAUCUGGCUGAGGUCUGGAGAGGCAACGAACGGGCGAUCCCCUAUGAGCACAUGAUGUAUGAACAUCUGCAGAAGUGGGGGUCUCGAAAACAAGAAGUCAAGUUCUUCCUUCGUCACGAGGACUCGCCUAAUGAAAGCAGCGAUCAAGGGAGUCAGCAAUCUCAGGAUCAAACGAACCGCAGGAGUGGAAAUACUGGAGAGAAGCACAAAGAAAAUGGGGUGGGGAAUCAGCGAGUAGAGCUCACACUGUCAGAGCUGCAGGAGAUGGCCACACGACAGCAGCAACAAAUUGAGGCUCAGCAGCAGAUGCUUAUUGCAAAGGAGCAACGUUUGCGUUACCUGAAGCAGCAGGAGCGGCGCCAGCAGCAAACCGUGUCCGAGAGUGAGAAGUUACAGAAGCUGAAGGAACGUGUGGAGAGCCAGGAGGCAAAGCUCAAGAAGAUCAGAGCAAUGAGAGGCCAGGUGGACUACAGCAAGGUCAUCAACAGCAAUUUAUCAGCAGAGAUUGAACAAGUGAGCGGCUUGUUUCAAGAGAAGCAGUCCGAGUUGCAGGCGGCGGUCCUCAGGGUUGAACAGCUUAGCCUGCAGCUGGAAGAUCUGAGAAGAGGCAAGCUGAAUGGAGUCCAGACUGGUCUUAGUAGCCAAGUAACUGGUGUUGCAGCCUUAGAGCUCCGUAAGCUUUACCAAGAACUUCAGAUUCGGAACAAACUGAACCAGGAGCAAAACAGCAAGCUGCAGCAGCAGAAGGAGCUUCUGAACAAGCGCAACAUGGAAGUGACACUCAUGGACAAGCGCAUCAGCGAGCUGCGGGAACGCCUCUACAAGAAAAAAGCUGAGCUAAAUAGAGCCAAUGGGCCUCCCUCUCCCCAACCAGCUCCUGGGACUCUCGGUCGUGUUGCUGCUGUUGGGCCAUACAUCCAGGUUCCUGUGCCGAGUCGACAGGAUGGGGGCUACACCAUGCCGCCUGAUCCGCUGAAGCCUCAAACACUAGGUGUUAAUAAUCAAGCAAACCAAGGACGCCCCAAAUCAGGUUGGCUACAAUCUAAUGACAGUGGUUGGCCGGCUGUCGGUAAGAGCAGCACAACUCUAAAGCCUCCUGAGAGGAGAGACUCGGUGACUGAUAGUCAGGGCAAAAGCCCCCCCUCAGGCUCUCCUGUCACUCCAAAUAUAGAAAAGGCGCUAGAUUCUAAAAUUGCUGUAUCUUCCCCUGCCAUAACUAAACCACAGCCACCGCCAUAUGGAUCCCACCUCAUUUCUGCCAACUCAGCCAGCUCCCUGGAGCGCCGCAAAGAUGUGCCUCCCCCUCGCCCGCUCCCAAACCCACCAGCUCCAGCGUGGCCCCGCGUCCCCCCUUCCAUGGGGUCAUCCUCUCAGCAGAUCCAGCAGCGCAUUUCAGUUCCACCAAGUCCCACCUUCCAGCCUAACCCGCCACAUUUCCCUCCUGGUUUAAGUGAGCGUCUGGAUCCUCCGCCAGCUGUGGCGGUGCGCCCCUUCAUCCCAGACAGAGGAUCACGACCUCAGUCGCCCCGUAAAGGCCCCCCUACCGUGAAUUCGAGCUCCAUUUAUCACAUGUACCUCCAGCAGGCGGCUCCAAAGAACCAACCAUUAAAGCCUGCUCUCAAAGCAGUUUAUGGGAAGCCCCUUCUCUCCUCCAGCUCGACGCCACCCUCUCCCCUGCCUUUCGUCCAGGCAGGUGGAGCCUUCCCCGUGUUUCAAGGCCAACCAGGUAGUGAGGACACUGUAGAUGGAGAACUUGAUGAUCUUGAGAGCUUCCAGCACCUGGAGCCAUCAGCGCCUCCACCCAGCGUCGAAAAUAUCCCGCGACCGCUCAGUCCUACAAAGCUAAUGCCUAUGGUACAUUCCCCACUGCGCUAUCAAAGUGAUGCCGACCUCGAAGUGCUUCGUAAAAAGUUAGCUAACGCUCCAAGGCCGCUCAAGAAGCGCAGUUCCAUCACAGAACCAGAGGGCCCCAGUGGGCCCAACAUCCAGAAACUGCUCUACCAGCGGUUCAACACUCUAGCAGGAAGCAUAGAAGGGAAUGCUGUCAGUGGAUCAGGAGGAAGUAACGGCGCCGGUAAUGGAACACCAUUUUAUCAACCAGCUAAUCCUCCAGGAUAUCUGGGAGGUGAUUCUCUGGCUGACACAGAUAAUGGCAACCUCUCUGAGACACCGCUGGAACCAGCACCAGGGGAGGCAGAACCAGGCUCUGAGACUCCACCCACCACCAUAGAUGCUAAUGAUAAUGAGCCAGCGCCCUGUUCACCUGAAGAACCCGAAGAUCCUUCUGAAGACGAGGAACCAGAAGAUGACAACAAUAAUACUGUGGGAGGUUCUGAGGCGUCUUUACCCAGCCCUGUGCUGGAGGUCAGCACCCCGGAGGAAAGUGGCACAGCAGGCUCACAGCUGGAGAAGCGUACAAACUUAAAGAAGCCCGACUCUGAGCGCACAGGUCACAGCUUCAGAGUAAAGUUUAAUCCUCUAGCUCUGCUGCUCGACGCCUCGUUGGAGGGGGAGUUUGAUUUGGUUCAGAGGGUCAUCUAUGAGGUGGAGAAUCCCAGCACUCCCAACGAUGAGGGCAUCACACCGCUUCACAACGCCGUCUGCGCGGGACACCACCACAUAGUCAAGUUCCUGCUGGAUUUUGGUGUGAACGUCAAUGCUGCAGACAGUGAUGGAUGGACUCCACUUCACUGUGCCGCCUCCUGCAACAGCGUUCAUCUCUGCAAACUGUUGGUGGAGUCGGGAGCUGCCAUUUUUGCCACUACCAUUAGUGAUGUGGAAACUGCUGCAGAUAAAUGCGAGGAAAUGGAGGAGGGCUACAUCCAAUGUUCCCAGUUUCUAUAUGGUGUUCAAGAAAAGCUAGGCGUGAUGAACAAGGGAACGGUGUAUGCUCUGUGGAAUUACGAAACCCAGAAUCCAGAUGAGCUGUCAUUUAAGGAAGGGGACGCCAUCACCAUUCUGCGUCGCCAGGAUGAGAAUGAAACGGAGUGGUGGGGGGCGCGGCUCGAGGACAAAGAGGGCUAUGUGCCCCGCAACCUGCUGGGGCUCUAUCCUAGAAUCAAACCUCGUCAGCGCUCCCUGGCGUAGCGUCUCAGUCCGUUGACCUGUGGCUAACACCUGGACCCGACCAAGAGCAGAGAACAACAAAGGAGCCUGUUGCUCCAUCUUCUCCCUGUGGCCAUAAACCUUUCCCUGCCUUGUGCUUUCACAAAAUCCUUCUCUUUGAAGCAGGGGAAUUAAACUCUGAUGCUUAUACUCACAUCUGCACAGUGCCCUGAGAUGACUUCUGUUGUGACUUGGCGCUAUAUAAAUAAACUGAAUUGAAUCUGCACACACAAAGAUCCAAGCAAGCCCUUCGAAGUCUCUCUAAUGACUCCAUCCCUUCUGCCCCUGCUCUCACCUCCACCUCUGUCACUGACCUGACGGACGUCGGUUUAAAUCAGACACUACUGGAUUCAAACACUUUUCUUUUGUCUCAGAUUUUCUUGCUUUGUUCACACUUGAGCCAUCUUCCACCUCAUUACUGAGGUCUGUGGUGGCACUAGUUUACACGAUGCUGUCUACGAAAUGGAAGUUCAUCUUUUUGGGUGAAAAUUUGCUGAUUUUUGUCAGUGAAAGUUAAUUUGAACUGUUAGAUGUUUUUAAAAGGCCACAUGGGUCUUGGGGAAAAAUGACUCCUUCAUUGAAAAGUAAUUCUAGACUAACCACCAAAGAGGAAUAUGAAUUUAAUAAAUUGAACAUUUGUAGUUUUAGCUAAUGCCUAAGAGCGUGACGAAAUGUUGAGUGAGAUGAUCAGUUUGCUGCUACAGCUCCCAGGAGUUCCUUGUAGAUGUUCUUUUUGAGAAAAACAAAAUUUUGUGGAGUUUAAAGUAAAGGAAGUGAUUCCUCAGUAUUACUCGUGCAAGAGAAUUCCAGUUGAUUCAAGAAAUUGAGAGCUGACACAUUGUCAAGAAUUGCAUAAACAUCCAUGUUGUCCCCUCCUUCCUUCCCUGUUCACUGUCAUCUUUUCAGAAUCCAAAUGUAAGAAUAUUGUGGAUAUGUGGCAAGAGCACUAAUAAAUUAUAAUUGAGCCUUUGGAAAAUAA